UGGUUCCACACCCCGGUCCUGUGGAGCUUUCCGGGAAAGCUCCUGCCUCAGAGCCUUUGCAUCUGUUUCUUCUCCACGGAAGCGCGUUCGCAGACGUCAGGCCGGCUUCCUCUCCUCGCCGCCGUCUUCCUCCCACCGCCCCGGUUAAAACGGUGGCCGUUCCUCCGUAUCUCCUCACACUGCUCUGCCUUCCUUCCCGGUUUGGAUCAGCAUCCCGCUGGGUGCCGGCUCCUUUCCUGCCUUCCCUCCGGAAAUUCGGCUUCAGGAACGCCUUCCCUUUGGUGCACGCUGCAUCCCCAGUCCCAGCAGAAAAGAUACCGCACACUUACUGAGCGACACGGACCGAGGGGGGAACCUUCUCCCGCCUCCGGGAACUCCUGCACCGCCCACCUGCUCUGAGCAGCACCCACCCUCCCUCGGGCUCCGGCUGCCACCCAGCCAGGUGACAGCGCGCCCCACGCCGCCGCCGUUUCAGGCUCCCCCGGGCUCCUUCUGCGCAGCCGCGGGAUGCGCGGGGCAUCAUGGAGCUUGUAGUCCGUCCCCGGAAGGACGGCCGCCGGACCCCGCCGUGGCGCCUCCCCCGCACCACAACUCCCAGGGGGCAGCGGGACGUCGCUCUCGCAGCGCCCGUGUCGGCCGGCCACCGUGCGGCGAGUCCCGGCGGCCGCCGCGGGGGAGGGGCAGGAAGAUGGCGGACAUGGUCGUGGGCAGAGACAAGUGCGGGGAGCAGCGCCUCGUGUCGCUGCCCCUGUCCCGCAUCCGGGUCAUCAUGAAGAGUUCGCCCGAGGUGUCCAGCAUCAACCAGGAGGCGCUCGUGCUCACGGCUAAGGCUACGGAACUCUUUGUCCAAUAUCUAGCCACCUAUUCCUACAGACACGGCAGUGGAAAAGAAAAGAAAGCACUCACUUACCAUGAUUUAUCGAAUACUGCAGAGGAAUCGGAAACGUUCCAGUUUCUGGCAGAUAUAUUACCAAGGAAGAUACUAGCGAGUAAGUAUCUGAAAAUGCUUAAGGAGAAGAAGGAAGAGGAGGAGGAGGAGGAGGAGAAUGAGAAUAACAACGAUGAAAGUGAUGAAGCAGAAUCCUAAACCCCAAACGAAAUGCUUUCCAAGUCCGCCUGGUGAGGCCCUCCAGGACUAGCCCAGCACUGCGCCUUCAGUCUCCUCAUCUUCCAGAGGCUUCCAAGACACUGCCCCUCCUCGCUGAGACGCAGGGCCUGAGGCAUCUGCACACAAUGGCCAGAGGAAAGCUCUGGCCCACAAUGCAGUUGGAGGGCACCAAGCAAGAGCUGCCUGGACAGCCAAAGGCGAUUCUGCUUAGCUUUCGUUUCGGGGUCGAGUUCCAGAGCUGCUACGUAGCAGUCAUGUAAGACAACUGCGUCUAGUUUUAGCUAAAUGUAGUUUAAGUUACAUUUUGUUACAUUGUGUGUAGUGAGUUACAUUGGCAUUUUUGUAUUUCAAGAAAAUUUGAUUAUUUGUUUAAAUACAGCAUUUUUAACUGUAAAGACAAAAAAUUUAAAUUAAAAGUUAUACGUAUUUUUACAGUAAAAUGCUCUAGAUCUAAUUUUAGAACCCUCUAUUCUAAUGCUUCGCUUAUUAUCUGAGACUUUUGUGAAAUUUUAAAAUAUGCAUUUCUAGCAUUUUUAUUCCCAGAUGAAAAUUUUAAGUCAAAUCAUAAAUCCAAAAAGAAAUACUACCUCUGCAUAAGCAUAUUUUUCUUAAACACUUUAGAACCUUUUGUAUCUUGAAGAUAUAACUCAUUUACUGUUCCUUCUUUACACCUACCGUAACUAUUACCGUCCACAAGAGAAAACCAUAAGCUCUGUAUUUUCUGGCUCUUACCUUUUUAAUCUUUUUUUAAAAAUUUAGAUAUCUACAUCCAGUAACAGCACCCUUGUUCAGUCUGUCGGUUGUGUAAGCAAGCAGUCAGUCCCGUCACCCCAAACAUCCCACGUACCCCUUGGAGGGACUCCCUUUCCCUGCUCCCAGGCAACCACUGAUGUUUUCUGUCUCUCUUGUUUUUAAAGUUUAUUUUUUAAAAUAAAUUUUAAAAUCCA